GUGUUGUGUGUGUGUGUGUGUGUGUGUGUGUGUGUUCAUUCACUGCAGCGAUCAGAGAAACAACCAAAACUUAACUGAAGGAAGAGCCAGCAGCAGAUCAUGUCUGUCUCUCAGAUCACCCCCACCCUGUUCCUGGGAGGGGCCGACGCCCCACUCAACGCCUCGCUGAUGUCACAGAAAGGCAUCACGCUGAUCGUCAACGCCACCAUUAACCACGCGUGCCCCGCAUACCCAGGGGUGGAGUUUGUGCGGGUUCCCGUGUCGGACCUGCCCAGCGCUCGCCUUGGAGACCACUUUGACCGGGUGGCUGAGCGUAUCCAUGGAAACCAUGCAGGUGGCACUCUGGUGCACUGUGCCGCAGGCAUGAGCCGCUCCCCGGCGCUGGUGAUGGCAUACUUGAUGCGUUUCAGAGGAGUGACUCUGUGCCGGGCGCACCGCUGGGUUCAGGAGAGUCGGCCGUACGUGCGUCUGAACGCUGGCUUCUGGGAGCAGCUGCUGCGGUACGAGAGGAAGCUGUAUGGGAAAAAUACUGUCAGGGUUGCUGCGGUCGAAGAGACGCCACCACCGCCACUCACACCGAGGACGCAGAGGUGGACGCGGGCGAUGCCGCCGCAGCAGACAAACGGGUUAACGCAGGUUCCAAGGUCACCUGUGAUGAGCCGGGCGUCUCUGAUUUCACGCUCACAGUUGCUGACUCCAACAAAGAAGAGGAACCAAAUCCAGCAGCUUCAAAGUCUGAGCAAUUAAGACUACAUUACCCACAAUCCAUCUGGACCACUGACUGACUACACUCUGACAGUUCAUGUUGCCAGUAAGAACAUUUUGUUGAAGUGACCAUAUUUGGACAAGUGGGUGGAGUCGUUUGCCUUGAAGUGGUUUCCCUCGCCCCUCUGCAGCUCCACCCACUUGUCCAUAUAUGGUCACUUCUAGUUCUAAAAAAUAAAGAUAAUGUUCAUGUAGUAAAUUAUGGUCC